UCAUGAACCGUGCCAGAUACAGUUGCAGCAGCUCUCCUCUCCGCCCCUGCGUCCCUACCUCUCAUUCUCCCUUGGACAGUUCAUUGCGGUCUCUGCUUCUUCCAUUCCAUUCAUGGCGGGUCUGGGCAUGAGAAAAUCAAGAAACUUCAUCAAUCGCAUCAUCAGCAGCUCCCAAAUUCAUCAGUCACUGGGUGUCCUCGAGCACAUACAUUCGGCUUCGUCUCAUCGGACCCAUCUCUCCAAAUUCCCCACAAAAAUCCCGACUUGGGGCGGCCCGGCGGCCCUUUCCUCAUCUCGCCGUUUCGAAUCGACCGAAGCCGAGAAACAAGCUGAGUGUAUGACCGAUAUUGGCGAUGAUAAUCAGAUGUUGGAUUUUCCCGGUGGAAGAAUAGCGUUCACGUCUAGCAUGAGGUUCAUCCCCGAGUCCCCUGAGGAACGCAUACGUUGCUAUCGGGUUAUCGAUGAAGAGGGUCGGCCCCUUAUGGACAGCGGUUUGACAAAGAUCAGUGAGGAAGUUGCUGUGAAAAUGUACACUGGGAUGGUCACGCUUCAAGUAUUGGACACAGUCUUCUAUGAAGCGCAAAGGCAAGGAAGAAUCUCGUUUUAUGUAACCACAAUUGGAGAAGAGGCCAUCAACAUUGCGUCUGCUGCGGCACUUACUAUGGAUGACCUUGUCUUCCCUCAGUAUAGGGAGCCCGGAGUACUGCUAUGGCGGGGUUUCACCUUACAAGAGUUUGCGAAUCAGUGCUUUGGAAACAAAGCUGACUAUGGAAAAGGCAGGCAAAUGCCCAUUCAUUACGGGUCCAACAAGCUCAAUUACUUCACUGUAUCAUCAACAAUUGCCACACAGCUUCCACCUGCAGUUGGUGCCGCUUAUUCUUUGAAGAUGGACAAACAAGAUGCUUGUGCAGUAACAUAUUUCGGUGAUGGUGGUUCUAGCGAGGGAGAUUUUCAUGCUGCUCUAAAUUUUGCGGCGGUAAUGGAGGCCCCGGUGAUUUUUAUUUGUCGGAACAAUGGGUGGGCAAUCAGUACACCCACGUCCGACCAGUUUCGAAGUGAUGGGGUUGCUAUUAGAGGUCAAGCUUAUGGAGUUAAAAGCAUUCGGGUAGACGGCAAUGAUGCCCUUGCCAUGUAUAAUACAGUUCGUGCUGCCCGUGAAAUGGCGAUUGGUGAGCAAAAGCCUGUCUUGAUCGAGGCCAUGACAUAUCGAGUGGGCCAUCACUCCACAUCUGAUGAUUCCACCAAGUACCGACCGGCCAAUGAGAUUGAAUGGUGGAGAAUGCAGAAGGAUCCAGUGAAUAGGCUUAGAAAAUGGAUUGAGAGAAAUGGUUGGUGGAGCAGUGAAGCUGAGUCUGAGCUUCGAAUCGAUGUGAGAAAGCAGCUACUAGAUGCAAUUCAAGUGGCAGAGAGAGUCGAGAAGCCACCGAUUGCUGAUCUCUUCACAGAUGUUUACGAUGUCCCUCCUUCAAAUCUCCGGGAGCAAGAGAAACUGCUAAGAGAGACCAUUGAGAGGCAUCCACGAGAUUACCCGGAGGAUGUGCCCCUUUAGAUAAAUCCUGGGGGAGAGUUAUCAAAUAUGCAGAAAGAUACUUUUCAUUCAAGUGUCAAUACAAUCUAGUUAUCCCCCAAAAAACCAGAAAAAAAAAAGUGUCAAUGUAAUCCAUUUGGUUCAAUCUUCUGUAUCUUAAACAUGUUAAAACUUCCAUGAUUCCUCCUCAUCAUCGCGGAAGACAGAGUUGGGAGUUUCAAAA